AUGCUAGUCAAGCAAGCAACAGCGCAGCCUCGCCUGCAAGAUGGGUAUGGACCUCGGAGCGUUGAAAAGUGCAUCAAGCUACACAAUUCCAUCGUCUCGCAUGCUAGUUCCAAGCUUCCACCCCACCAACAGCCAAAAGUAAAACGUAGCUGGUUCGCCGCCCACUCUUUGGAUCCAGGCUCGCCGGGCCUCGACAUUGAACUCGACGAGGACCUUGUAGCUUUUCUAUCCGGCAUCGACAUCGUUAUUGGAGAAGAAUAUCAGCACCUAGCUUUUACCCCGUUUCUCAUUGGUAUCUCAGCUCCCAGUGAACUGCGGCCGGACAUGUGGGAAGGUGUUGAUGAGUAUGAGGACUUCAUUCUGCUGUACAAGGGUAUAGGGCAUGACCCCGGUGGUCUUGUUUACAGUCGGAGUACACAUCAAGUCUGCUUUGUGCGCGACCCGUUUGAAGAGCCCCGUGAACGCAUGUGGGGUGAUCUUCAUGCGGUUUUGGAGCUUUACCUACGGUCGAUCGAGUCGGAGAAGUUCGUUGUUGAUGCAGAACAUCCUGGGUUUGGCAAUAGGGAUGGGCUUGUUACGCAGGGCUGGAGAAUCGCGGAGUGGACGGAAAAAGAAUUGCGGCAGGUACUUGAUAUUUGGGAGAGUUUGGUGGAUGCGGUUACUGCGCGGUUACCGGAGUCUGUUGGAGUGUCUGAUGCAAAAGAAGAUCAUGGCAAUGAGGAACCGCCACCAAAGAAGAGGAGGAAAAUGGAAGACUUUGGGUUAAUUCCUGCUGAAGUCUCGAACAAGUAUCCUGCCAUACCGCCGUUUGCGCGCGUCUUCCUGUCUCGGGCAAAAAAACCGCGGUUUACUUCCAUUGCACCGCAGUUGGAUGUACCAAAUGAAGCUUUCAUCCACCGUGUAGGCGCUGAACUGCAGGCAAGGUAUCCCGAUGCUUCUCUUGCUACUCACCAGCAUGAACUUGCUGACAGCCCACCCUUUCUACUGUUUCCAUGGCGCGCACCAGGUGUGCAAUUUUCCUCACAAGAUGAACGGGACCGGUGGCAAUCUCCGCGAAAACAAGGUAUACUAGACGAUCGUGUCGGCCUCUAUCUUGUACCUGAUGUUCUCCACGCUCACGCCAGCACUCUGCUUCUACCUUUCCAACUCGGUGAGAAACGUCAUGUAGUGAUGGGUGAUGGGUCAACGGUAGACAGGCCGGCGCAGGACGCGUUGUAUCGACAUGGUGUGUGUAAUCCUUUCAUGCCUGACCAUGGAACACCGCUUGCUGCGAUACUGGUGAAUUGGUGGGAACAGGUUGAGAAUGAUUCUUGGAGCGUCAACGUAAGUGGUGUGGAUGGUGGGGAGGAGCUAUGGAAGAAGGCAGACACAGAGGAAGACGCCGAAGAUUUUCAGACAGAUUGGUCGUGCUAG